UAAAAAAAACUAUAGGUAAAUACAAGUCAAUAUAACUGUUUGGGAUUAAAUCUCGUAGAAACUUGAAAUAUGUGAAUAUUGAAUAUUAAAUCAAAAUUUGAUUACCAUUAGAGUUAUUCGACGUAUCAACUUUAAAACAUUUCGUCACUCCAACGAAUAAAUCUUCAAGUAACAUGGAAGCAGUUAAGGAAGCGCCCAUUCCGGCUAUGGACAGUUUGACUGCAGCCAUGAAGAACAACAUUGUCCCGAACCAAGAGUAUCUGUUACAAGGCAGUGUUCUGGAUUCGGCCGUUGAAGUUCUGUUGCACAGAUUACGAGGCCUUUGCGAUAAUGUUGAUUCAGGACCUGAAACAUUCCACGAUCAUGAAAUGUGUUUUAGCAUAAGAAGUGUAACGCCACAACCACUCACUCUGAGAGUCAGAAGAGCGAUAGACUAUUUAGAUAUGCCAUACCAGCUGCGUUAUAUUGGACAACCUGAACUUGGUGAUAAAUCUAGACCGACAAUCCUGCGAAACAGUAUAGAUGUAGCAACAACGCCAACAAUAGUAGACUUCCUCACUGAAAUGGGAUUUCGCAUGGAUUUUGAAUACAUUUUACGUGGCUAUAUGUUUCGAAAAGGCAGAAUGAAGAUUACAGUGUCUAAAAUAUUUAAAAUGAUGGUAGUAGGUAAACCUGCUCCAGAGAGUGUUGAUCCAAUAUCACAAUCAUACCUAGUGGAGUUAAGCGUUUUGGCACCCAGUAAUCAAGAUGCUAUUGCCGAAGAUAUGCGAGUAUUUGCUGAACAACUGAAGCCACUGGUGCACUUGGAAAAAGUCGAUUAUAAACGACUGACACAACCACCUAUGUAAAAUCCUAAAUGCUAUGCUUUGUAAAUAAAUAUUUUUUAUCAAAGUUUGUUCAGUCUAUAAAAUAUUAUACCUAAUUUUUCAUUUU